CACUAGGCUGUGCACUUGUCAGGGGCCGGGCCAUAAACUCACCUGCGCUCACAUUUCCAGGAACAGCUCCCGGUUUUUUGACUUUCUGUUAGUGGACAAAGGCGCGGCACAGCCCUCAAUUCUCUAUUGCGACGCGGAAUGUUGUUGUGCUAAACUGAGUGCUAUUCUCACUUGUUAGCGUUCGCUAGGACAGCAAGCAGCAUACGAACUGGGACUAGCGACUGGCGUGUCCGAUCUCUACGGGUGCCCAUAGGGGGUCUGUGCGCUUUUCUGAUUAUCCCAGCGCCUUGUACUUUCCUGUAUCAGCUGUGUCUGUGGUGUAACGUGCAACCAUCCUUGCUGUUCUGUGCUGGCUGCUUCCUAUUCGGUCGAGCACUUGGGUCACAACAGGUUUGCCAUCUUUGCAAGAGGAAGGAGAUUUCCAUUGCCUUUCCAAUGGAUCGCUACCGCUACUUUAUUUUCAACCACAGGAGCAUGGUGGUGCUGGGGAUCCUUCAGAUAGCAUGUGCAGGCAUCUCCAUUGUGUCCGGCUUUAUGGAUGGAGCAUUCAGAAGAGAAUCCACCCUUGGGAGAACUAGGGCUCCGCUCUGGGCUGGGCUGAUUAUGACCAUUCCUGGAGUUCUGGCAAUAUUUUCAUCGCAGAAAAAAAACCCAGUUCUAGUUAAUGCACUUAUUGCUGCUUCCAUUUUCUCGUGUUUCACCACCGUGAUUGUUAUUGUAUAUUCUUCCUUGACACUUGGAUACGGGGAGGACGAUGAUGAUAUAUUUUCGGCACCUGCACAUGUUAUUCAUGCAAGGUUCAUCCUGGGUAAGCUUGUUCAAGGUGCUAAUAUCGCCAUGUUGAUUGCAUCUGUCUCCAGCCUUUGCAUUGCUCUGUCUAUUGCUUACAUGAGCUGCAGAAGCCUGCCACAUUGCAUGUGCUAUGAUGAUAUUACUGGAAUGGACUGGUUACACCCUGAGCAUGAGCAGCCUCAGACUGUUGAACUUGUUUGCACUUUCAGAGGUGGGGAUGAACGGAUCUUCAACUCUGCUUCCCAGUUUACAGACUGCAGCGUGGAAACAGAAGAAGAGUUCUCUCGGCCUCCGCCAUACGUCAGAUUUUCAUGAACUUGUUUUCUUUAUAAAGACCUUGCGGACAAAAUGAAUGAAUUGACCACUUUCUAAAGGGAUUACUGGCCAUUGUCACAUUUUUUUGAACAGGGUCUCCUUUUUGACCUUCCACAUUCAGGAGAAAGGACAGUUUUUACUAUUUUUGGAUAAAGUAUAUAUAUAUAUGUUUUUUUUUUUAAACUUUAUUUGCAAAAGAAUGGACUUGUCAGUUUGAAUCACCUUUUCUGUCCUUACCAGACAUUCUAGGUAAAUGCCCAGGCCAUCAUUGUUAUAGCAUAUGUUACUACUGGACCCAAAAGGCCAGUGAUGUGUGUGUUAUAGAAUGGUGUGUGAUUUGAUCCAGCAAACCUUCCAUACAAUUUUUAAGUGUCCUUUAAACAUUGAAUGUUCUGUGCGUAAUACAACAACUCUACCUCUUUCACAAGCACGACUUCUUCAGGAAAAAGCUUAGUAGACAUUAUUCUAUGGACCUGUAUUUCUGUAUCCUCCCACAUGCACAGCCCCGGCUUUAGCCAAAUACAGCACAUAUUUGUUGCACAGGAUUAAUAAUGUAUGAUCUAAACACAUUUUCAAGCUUUUAAAGUUUUUAUUUGUGGUUUUAAAUACAAUCAAUAAAAUAUUUUUUUUUUUUUU